GCUCUGCUCAACAACAUCAUUGAAAUACGACUCGAUGCCAAGAAAUUUGUGACUGAGUUGCGAAGACCGGUGGCAGCAAGAGCCAAAGAUAUUGGUAUAUGGUACAACUUACUGAGAGGGGUAGCAAAUGUGGCCGUCAUCAUAAAUGCAUUUGUCAUCUCCUUCACGUCAGACUUCAUCCCUCGGAUGGUCUACCAGUACAUGUACAGCCCUGAUGGCUCCAUGCAUGGAUUUGUCAACCAUACGCUGUCCUACUUUAAUGUCAGCCAUUUCCAGGAAGGCAAAGAACCAAUGGAUCCUCUGCACCUUGGCUACCACGUUGAGAUGUGCAGGUAUAAGGACUACAGAGAACCGCCUUGGUCAGUCACACCAUACGAGAUCUCAAAGGAAUUCUGGACAGUACUGGCGGUGCGACUGGCAUUUGUCAUUAUUUUCCAGAACGUUGUGAUGCUGAUGAGCGACGUUGUGGACUGGCUGAUUCCAGACAUCCCAAAAGACAUCAGCAUGCAGAUCCACAAAGAGAAGAUUCUACUAGUAGAGCUCUUCAUGAGGGAAGAGCACAGCAAGAGCCGUAACCUUGACAGCAGGGUGUCCGGGGGGGGGAAGUCCAACAGCAGCAACAGCAACAACAACAACUACAGCACCACAGUGCACCCCCGCUCCGGGCCGCACAACAGCACUGGGAGCCUCUGAUGCUGGAGACAUUGUGCAGGUCUCCCUUGAAAAAGAGAUCUAUGAUCUCAAGGGACAAUCUGGUUAAAUAAAGGUUUGAAAUGAAAUGAUUCAUCCUUCGCUCUUCAUUAGCAGAGCUUGGCUGGCAGGAAUUGCUAAUAGCCUACUAGCUCAGGCUACCUAACUAUAUGUUUUAUCCUUUUUCAGUACAUUCCAACAACUGGGAGAGCAGUUGGGUGAUGAGAUGUGAAUUGAUUGGGGGAGGGGGUUAAUAUGUGGCUCUCAAUUAGUGUGUGCACUUAGAUUUGUAAAAUAAACUGAUACUUUUUUAAUUAGUACAGGAAACUUAAAUGCAUUUUUGAGAAUACGUAUGAGAAUAAUGCAUGCUCAGAUUUGCAAAGUGUACAUAAAUCUAUAAAUCUGCAUAUACUUUAUGCCCAUGUACAACAAAACAUAAAUGCAAAUGAUUAUUAUUGAGUAUUUACCAAGACUAAAGCCCAGCUACUAGUUUGCACAAAGUGCCAAUAAAAGAAAUCCAGACAAAUUGAUUUCUAUUGCUGAACUUGGGAUUUUUAUUAAAAAGAAGACAUUUGCAACUGCAGUUGUGUAUUCAUCUUAGCAAGAGGCAACUAUUGGAUACAGAAAGGUAAAGCUGAUUAAAAAUAUAACAGGUUUGAAGCAUUGGUGCUAGUCCUACUCAUCAUGUGUGUGCCCAAUAUACUGCAGAUUACCACCUGCUUAUCCCAGAUAAAUAUGCCUCUGACUGAAAACCCUAAAGUUUGUUAUGUUUUAAGGUCUGGACCUGGGUAUACCGACGCAAAAAGUAUGUCACAUGUUAAAGACAGGCAAAGCGUAUUUUAGGUAUGAACAAAGACAUCUGUUAUUUCAAUCUUGGAAAUUAAAAUGUCAAUGUUCCACAUAUCAAUAAAAAGCCAUUUACAACGAGUUUAUGAGGUUUGGGUAAAAGAAACAUUUACACAUUUGAGCGAAAGGAAGGUUCCAUAACUCUACAUACAUAUAUUAUUUUGCUCCUUAUUAGGCUUCACACAUACCCACUGCAAAUGUCAUAAAAACAUGUCGGCAGUGUCAAAGCAGGGUCACAGAAGCAUGACAUAUGGUUGAAACAUGUCUCAUUAUUGCAUUUCAUUUUUUAUAGUUUUCAAUUCAUUGCAUUACCAAGGUUUAAAGUUUGCUUUGUAUACGUUUUCUAUUCUUAAUAUAUAUUUUAUGUUUUUCCUUCCAAUGUAGCUUUGCAUUUUUAGCCUACAUUAAAGAAUAAAAUAUUUUAAUCAUCAGAAAUGUAUAACUAUGUUGAUUGCUUUAAUGUUGCCUAUAAAACAUCAUCUUGUAAUGAGAGUGAAGAUGAUGCCUCUCCUGUAAUAAAAUGUGGAGAGGAGGAUCGAAAUGUGAGUUUCCAUGUAAAGUCU